AUGAAACUCCUUGAGGAGACACUUUUGUGGCAGAAAUCCUCCCAAGAUGAUUUCUUGAAGAAUCAGCUCAUAACAGAAAUCCAAACAGCUGUUCAGCCAUCCUCUUGUCUUGAACUCCUGCUUUUCCAGCCAUUCACUUAUUUGUGUGUCCCGAAGGGUCCAAGACCCAAGAGAAAACAUAUACAAGAGAGGGCCUCAACCUCAACCUCAGCUUUGGUGGACUUCAGCCAGGUUCACCCUUCCUUCAAGAUGCUUGCAUUCAGGCCAGCUAUGUGGGCGAAUUCCACGCUAAGGGCUGUCCCAUUCUCUACUGGCAGACUCAAGCAAGGAGUGGUCAUUGCUGCCACUUACUUGAAGCAACAAGAGUGGUCCUGUCAGAACCUUACUUAG